AAAUUCGACAAACUGUGCAAUCGUUCCAAGUAUUCCGCCGAGAACACACACAAUGACUCUGACAAUUGUGAUCCUAGCUGCCACACUGGCCGCAGCAAAUGCAGUAGCCAUUGGAUAUCCCGCUCCGCUUCCGGCAUUGCGACCAUACCCGGCGUUAGCAAAGGUAGCUGCUCCCAUCGUAGGGGACUACGAUCCUAAUCCUCAAUACAGUUAUAGUUAUGCAGUUGCGGAUGCUGUUACUGGUGAUAACAAAAGCCAACAGGAAUCACGCUCCGGUGACGUCGUGACUGGUUCAUAUGCUUUGAUUGAACCCGAUGGUACUCGACGCGUUGUGGAAUAUACUGCGGAUCCUGUUAAUGGUUUCAACGCCGUUGUUCACCGUGGACCAGUCGCAGCUAAGGUGAUAGCUCCUGUGGCCAAAAUUGCGUCACCUUACGCGUAUCCAGCAGCACUAGGCUUGGGACAUGUAGCUCAUCCCCUUGCGCAUCCAUUGAUCGGUUAGAGCUUAAUAACUGUUUUUUUAUACUCCUGGUUUUCAAUCCCAAUUCUGUUUCAACAAUUACAAAUAACACUCAAAGUGAAUAAAUACAAAUAUGAAUUCUGAA